UUUUGCAGCUCUAAAAAAACUUUAUUGUGAAUGUGUAAAUAAUAGUGAUAAGAAGCAACACAGCUGUGCGGAUUGCGAAGCGGAUAGUAAAGCAGACGGCGUACGAAACGUGGGCGCAUUAGGAAAGCGCUGCUUGUUGGCCGUAGGAGCAGCAGGGAAACCAGAGAAAUCCGGAGAGGCAACAGCGCAGUCGACUGCGACGCCCACGCAGCGGAAGUAAUAAAAAAGAAAAGUGAAAUCGGAAGUAGGGAGAGUUCGGUGGAGGAGGAGCAGCAGGAGGAGUUGGAAACGCAGGGGGAACUCGGGCUCUAGCAUUGUGCAUCAGGAUCUGGAAACAAAGGAACCGCUAGGAGCAGUUGCCUCACAACGCUAGCAGCCACCGAAGUCAUGCCGCUGGCCGAUUCGCAAAAGGAUCUCCGCCAGCAGCCUCAGCAGCAGCAGCAGCAGCAGCAUGUGUCCUCCACCAGCAGCAGCAACAAUGCGGAGCAGCAAUGCAGCAGCAGCGGAUUGGGUCUGCAGCUGCGCCAGCGCAUGCAAAUUACCUCGUCCGGCUGCAGCAGCCUGGCGGUCACGCCCAUGGAGCACACGCCCACCGAGGACGAUGAGAGUGGCGGAGGCAACAGCGGUGUCACUUCCUCGGUGACCACUGUGACAUCAUCGCAACGCCGCCAGCAGCUGCAACAGGUGCAACAGCAAUCUGCUCUGCAAGCGGCCCUCGAGCAGCAUCACAUCUCACCAACAGCAGACUUGGAUUCCGCUAGGAAAAGGCCGACGCAUCGAACCUUGUGCCCGCCGCCAGAACUUAUGGAGCUGAGUGAUUCCGAGUCCCAGGGAGGCGUGGAAACUGGCGGUAGGAGAGAAGGGGCUACUGGGCGAAGUGCACCUGAUUUAGAAGACACCGAGCCCCUAUAUGAAACAGAAAACGAAUUCGAGCUUAAGGAAGUCAUCAAGGAGGGUCACGACAAGGCCGAUCCUUCCCAGUUCGAGCUCCUACGGGUUCUGGGCGAAGGUAGCUUUGGAAAGGUGUUUCUAGUGCGAAAGAUCAUAGGCAAAGAUGCAGGAACACUCUAUGCCAUGAAGGUGCUCAAAAAGGCCACCCUAAAAGUAAAAGAUCGCGUAAGGAGCACAAAUGAACGAAAAAUACUAGCGGACGUGGGUCAUGCUUUCAUCGUACGUCUUCACUAUGCCUUCCAAACUCCCGGAAAACUCUACUUGAUACUGGAUUUUCUUCGUGGCGGUGAUCUGUUUACCCGUCUAUCCAAAGAAGUAAUGUUUACGGAAGAAGAUGUCAAGUUCUAUUUAGCGGAACUGGCGCUAGCUAUGAAUCACCUACACACAUUGGGCAUUAUCUACAGGGAUCUGAAACCGGAAAAUAUUCUACUGGACGAGCAUGGCCAUAUAGCCUUGACGGACUUUGGUCUAUCCAAGCAGCCUUUGGAUGGCUCAAAAACAUAUAGCUUUUGUGGAACCGUAGAAUACAUGGCGCCGGAGAUCGUGAACCGAAAGGGACACGAUUUUGCCGCUGAUUGGUGGAGUUUCGGGGUGCUCAUGUACGAAAUGUUAACGGGGAAUUUACCCUUUCAUGGCCAAACCCGCCAAGAGACUAUGAAUCAGAUCCUUAGAAGUAAGCUGGGCAUGCCGGAGAAUUUGUCGCCAGAGGCGCAAUCCCUGCUACGUGCUCUCUUCAAAAGAAACCCCCAGAAUCGUUUGGGUGCGGGUGCCCAAGGAAUUCUGGACAUCAAGGCGCACUGCUUUUUUGCCACCAUCGACUGGGUGAGAUUAGAACGAAAGCAGGUGCGUCCGCCUUUCAUACCGGCGGUUAGCCGUGACGAUGCCUUUUACUUUGAUGUGGAGUACACCUCAAAGUCCCCCAGGGAUUCUCCGGGUGGCCCGAUCUCCGCAUCUGCCCAUGAGAUCUUCCGCGGGUUCAGCUUUGUGGCUCCUGUCCUUCUGGAAGGUCAGUGUGCUGGCUCGAAUAUGUGCUCCACCAGCGCCAGUCCUCUGCAUAGUAUAGCUCCUAUUCCUGCUGCUCCAGUGGGAGCCCCUCGAACAUUACCUGGUGUUCUUCCCGGAAACUUCCAUGCGGAAUAUAAUCUACUGCAAGAACUGGGACGUGGAACCUUUUCAGUUUGUCGGUUGUGCGAGCAUCGAGCCUCCAAGAAACAUUACGCAGUAAAAGUAAUCGAAAAGGCAGCUGUGGCCGCAGCAUCCACAUCCACUUCUGCCGAUUGUUGGGAGGAGGUGGAGAUUAUGCUGAGGUACGGCAACCACCCAAAUAUCGUCACUCUGUACUCUGUUUACGAGGAUGCGGGGUCCGCAUAUCUUGUGAUGGAGCUGCUUAAGGGUGGCGAGCUUCUCGAUCGGAUACUUGCCGUGGGCCAGAUGUGCGAGAGUGAGGCCAGCGCGGUGUUAAGGACAAUUGCAUCUGCGGUAGCAUAUCUCCAUGAACAUGGCGUGGUCCAUCGAGAUCUUAAGCCUUCAAAUAUGAUAUAUGCCAGUAUGCGGCAAACUCCCGAGACCCUAAAGCUCUGCGAUUUGGGUUUCGCGAAGCAGCUGCGCGCGGACAACGGCCUCCUGAUGACGCCAUGCUACACAGCCAAUUUUGUGGCUCCCGAGGUUCUAAAGAGACAGGGCUAUGACCUGGCUUGCGACAUCUGGUCGCUCGGUGUGCUGCUUUACAUCAUGUUAUCCGGCCGGACGCCUUUCGCCAGCACUCCAAAUGAUUCACCGGACGUAAUACUGAAGCGCAUCGGAUCAGGACAAAUUGACUUCACAAGCAGUCGCUGGGCACUGAUCAGUGUGCCGGCCAAAGAACUUUUGCGUCAGAUGCUACACAUAGUACCGGAGAAUCGGCCGACGGCGGCGCGAAUACUUGAGCACGACUGGCUGCGGGAGCAAUUCGCCGGCGGCGUACAGCUUACAGAGUAUGCGGUGGCGCCCGGAUCCCAACUUUCGCUGGGCGCCCAGCAGCAGCAGCAGAAUCACAUCUCCAUGGCCUUAAGAGGCGCUGUUGAUGCCACUUUCCGGGCUAUUGCCAUACCCCAGGCGGCGAAUGUGGGACCCGUAGAACUUUCCAUGCUCGCCAAGAGGCGGGCCAAAGAUCGAGCCAACCUGCACUCCUAAUCCUGGGCGGCUGCAUGGUGUCCGCGGCGCCAGGCCAAGCGGCAGAUAGUCCGACUACUUUUCCGAAUCUAUAGUAUUCUAAUCCAAUGCUGCUGUGCCAAUCCGCGUCGUCUUGUCAAGGACAAUGCGCAGAAGCUUGGUUCACAUCCACAAACGCUGGGCAAUCCUCGCCAACGCUGCCGCAGCGCCAAGCUGCGUGUGGUUUAGGUUUUGGGGGAAUCGGCCUAACCUAAAGUAUUUGACAAGUGUUAAUUAUUUAUUUUAUAUGAAAGCAUGCCAAUAUGCCAAGGCCAUAACGCACUGUGCGGGGCAUCUAUAUACACAUAUAUAUAACUAUACAAAUACUGAUAUACAUCUAUAUAUAGCUAUUUAUAUAACGAAUCCUAAAGCAAGGGCCUAGAGAGCGCGUGUGAAUGUGGCGCCAGGAUCAUCCCAGAUGAUUCCUGAAACCACAUUAUUUAUCCCAAACUGGAAAUUAAAAAAAAGCCUCUCGCCCAAGUUUACAUAUUUUUAAUUAAAUUAAUCGUAGCUAAAUUUUUCAACAUCACCGUGUUAUUGUUGCUUAAUUAAAUUAAUUAAAAUGAAAAAAAAAAUGGAAAAAAGUAUUAGCAAAACAAACAAAAAUUAAGAAUAAAAGCCGCAAUCCUUUUAUAUAAUAAUAACUUUUUUCGCCAAACUAUAAAGGAAGAACAAAGAACCCAAAAAAAACUGUGUAGAAAGAUAAGAAAAUCAAACCACAAGAGUUUCCACAAUUCUUACUUGGAAUGUCAAUUUGCACAAUGAAAUAUGAAACUAAGCAAAAGAUAAACAUAACUACCAUAUUAUACAGAAUGUGUACAUAAAGCGGAAACUGUGCUUUUCGGGUUUAUAAGGCAAAGGAUAUUAGAAAAGAGUAUUUUAUUAAUAAUUCCCUAAACAAUAAAAACCGACGUUCUUUCCAACACUGCACAAGGGUGCAUAUUGUUAUUUAAUUGUAAUUAAGAAACGUAAAUCCUGCUAACUUGUCUUACAGUCGCGAAACGCACAGUUUAGUUGUAAUAACGCCGGGGAAACAGUUGUGACAACAUCAAAUUGGGUUUCCAUUUUGUUUGCUAACGUCUUCCAACAGAAAUUAUAUCAAACAAUAUACCUUUUUGCGCUGUAACCAGAUAUAGAAAGUUCCGACUUACCAUUGGAUGAUUUAGAACCGAAACCGCGAUAUAUUCCAUCAUACUCGUACUGAAUACAAAUAGGAUAGCGUCGUAUAAACGACUUGGGUUAAUGCAGAGAAUUCCAUUUGUUUGUGCUAGUUUCUCUAAAAACUGCACGAUCAUCAGUUCCCAACAACUUGUUUCGACUCUUCGAAGACAAUUCCAAUUUUGUUGUAUUUUUGCCAAGGAAAACUUGUUAAAAUUAUGCUAGAGGGAAAUAUACAAAAAAAAAAAAAGAAAAUACAAGCAAAGUGGAACGAAAUUGAAUAAAUUAUGUAGAAGAGCCAUGUGAAUCCUUAGAAGCUAUGUAUGCCACUUGAAAAGCAGAAGUUUCUUGUUUGCGAGCUUGUGUGUGUGCAUAAGAGGCUGUGUGUGUGCUUCUUGUAAGUGCAUGUGUGUGUGUGCUAAAGGAUUAUUGUGCUGUGCCACUACUGAACUUACUGCUACCAAAAAUAAAACAAUAACUUCAUAUACAUAUUUACACCACCUAAACAAGGUUAGUAAAACUUAGAAAUUUUUUAAAAAAGGAUAACAUCCCUUGAAUAAAACUGUAUUUUCGUGGUGUUAUUAAAAGGAGUUGGAGGGGGAAAAUGGUAUGAUUAUCCUAAAGUACAUAUAUAAUUAGCUAGCUGCGGAGGGAAAACAAUGUGUACACAUUGACAUAUAAUAUAGAAAAUAUUUAAGAAGGAUCUUGAGAUGAACAUUUCGCCUAAUAGUUGUCACGAUAAACUUUUGCAAAAUAUGUUGCGUCUACAGCAAUGAUUUAUACUUAAUUACCUUGUUUUGAAAUGACGACAACCAAAUUGAAGGGAUACGUCGUUUCCCUGCUUCGUUUUUUAACAGAUUCAUACACAAAUUAUAAAACGAAGUUGAGACAGGCAGAAAAAGAAUUUUAGUCCACGGGCUGAUGAGAAAUCUAAUCCAGCGAUUAGAUUAAAACUCAUGUAUACAAAAGUGGCCUACUAUGAUAAAAACUGUAAUCAUUUAUCAAUAAUUCCGAACGGUCUCUUACAAAAAUGUUCGGGUUGCACAAAAAGGACAGAGACAACAGAUAGUUUAAGCAUACAAUACAAGCAACCCACUUUAAAGCCAACUCUCGACUAAAUUCCCCAAGAACAUACAUAUAUAUCUUAAUCAUAUAUAUGAAUGCGUGAAUAUAUUUUCUUAGUAGAUUUUAACAGCUUCCAGACUAUACAUACAUUCAAAUGAUUGAAUUCCGAUAUGAAUCAUUUAAUUAAUAAACAUAUUCAACGAAACUGAUUCGAAAUUAUUGUUAAGUUGAAUUUUUCAAACCAAGCAGAAGGAACCUAAUUGAAAAACAAAUAACCAAUUCGAAUUGUUUCGAUCUAAUUGGGAUAUCCAAAAUACAUUUAUAAUGUCGUAUAAGACAGCAAGUGAAUCAUUUUCAUUAUUUCGCUCGAUUUUUAUCUUUCAAUAUAAGGAUCUGUACCAAAAUGGUUUAGGAACACUCUUCGGCUGUUUAUAGAGUAAACAAAAAUUACCUGCCUUUAAAAAAUGUAUUCAUCCAAAUAUUAACUUCAAAUCAAACGACAUUCCUAAUGUUAAACAUAAAAACAUAACAUUUUAAAAUAUAAUAUAAUGCACUGAAAUUUCGCUUCUACAGAAUAGAACGUUAACAGAACUGAUCAGGAUUUAAACAUUUUCUGGGCGCUACUGAUAACAAAACGAAGGAAUCCAAAAGUAAUCUGUAUUGGCAUACAGCAGAGUGUUAAGCGACAUUU